CCUCUUAUGUGCCUUAUGUCAAGCUGGGAGCUACUUGCCCAGUCUCAGCUCACCAUUUGGCCCCGAGCCCUGUGCUUUACCUAUCUCCCUACAUGUAGCUGGGGAAAUAGGAGGCAGGGGUUUCACUCAGUAUGUGGGAUCCAGAACCACUGUGCAAUGUCUGAAAGGCACAUGCUUGUUUUUCUGCUCCUGAGGCCUGGCUGUGCUCUAACACCUCAAGAGAAGAGGCUGAGUUUUUGGCUUCACUAAUGCUCCCCCACAAUCCUGCCCCUUCUAACCACCUAGCCUAGGCAUGUGGGAGUUACUGACAUUCAGGGGGGAUCCAAGGGCUGGGGGUGGGGAGGUGGUCUACUUUUGUGGAGGGAUGGGUAGAGAAAAUGGGGGACUCUACCAGUCUCAGCCAGACAAUGGGAAGAAGUAAGCAGUGGUGGUGCCCUUUCCUGCUAUCCCCAGCUGGCAGGAUGUGGAUUUCUGACAGUUGUUACUGCAGCCACCUGUGACCUGCCUCACAGCACCCACAACUUUCCCCACCCUCCUGAUCUUGUUUUGGGGUUGGUGGCCCUGGAUGACUAGCACGCCUGGGUCCUCCACCUGAAUGCUCAGGCCCAGUAUCUGUGCACACGUGUGCAUGUAUGUAGAGGGUAACAGACAUCCCCUGAGACCUUCUAGAUGAGGAGCUACCAGAUCAAAGAAAGAGGAACUGGGCAGGCACAGAGGUCAAGCGGCUGAGCCAAGCUCCCCAGGGAGUUGAUGGCAAAGUUGAUGAGAGCCCACCGUGCCUCCCUGCAUGGUGCUCUUCCCACCGCCUUUCCAUAGAAUCAUUCAUUCUGGUGUUCAUUCGUGGAACAAACAGGAAAAAGUAUGUACUAGGCACCAGUCUGAGUGGAAGCCACAGGCAAUUGCCAGUAGGGCACAAUGAGCUCUCUGAUGUGGGAAGCACUGGGUAUUGUGGGAACCUGGAAGAGGAGUCAUUCCCUUAACCCUGGGAAGUCGAGAGAGGAUUCCUGGAGGAGGUGAGACUUGAGAGGAGUGUAGAAGCAUGGUUAGGAGUUAAGGACAGAUAUGUGGGGGAAGUGUUCAGGGCAGAGGAAGCAGGGGACAUGCAUGGCAUGUUCUUGGCACCUCAGAAGCAAAGUGUGCUCUCAAGGCCGUGGCCAGAGAGGGGUUGGCAGAAGUAGGUUACAGCAGCCCUUGAAUCAUUAAGGAGUCUGGGUUGUGUCCUAAGCUGGUUUGCAGAAACUGAAGGAUUGUAAGCGGCAAUAACAAGAUUGCCUGGUUGCAGUUUGGAGAUCACAGCCUGGAAACAGCUGUAAUACUCCAGGUGAGAAAGGAGGGUUUGCCUCAGGCCACAGCAGUGGAAUAGGAAGGGAGGCAAUGAUCCCCCACAUUCCCGCCCCUGCCAACCACCUAGCCUAGGCAUGUGGGAGCUACCGACAUUCAGGGGGGUGUGGGGAGGUGAUGUAUUUGUGUGAGAUAUCUAGCAGUUAGAAUUAGGAGCUUGUAGACAGCAAUUGGAAGUGGCCAGUGAAGAGAGAGGGAGGUAUUUGGGGGAGUGUGGGUGGUAGCCCUCUCUUAGGAAGCAGGUGAAAAACUAAUCAAGAGGCAGAAAUAAGCCAGCUUUGAACAAGGUAGUUAUAUGUGCCUGUGAGACAUUCAAGAGGAUAAGAGCAAAAGACUAGCUGUGUGCAUGAGAGCUCUGCAGAGAGGUCUGGGGUGGACUCUGAUAUUUUGAAUCAAGGGCAGGGAUUAUUAACUCCAGUUCACAAACAAAGCUCAGAGAAUUUAAGCUACUUGUCCACAGUUACACGGCCAUGAUGCAAGGACCUGAACUCAGAUAGAUGGAUUUCAAGUUCUGUGGUGCCUGUGGCUCCCAAGUUCAGUGCUAAUUUGGCCCAGGAUGCAUCAGUUUCUUCAAGGGUAGCAGGUAGGGGGUGGGGAGGAGGAAGCAGGUAUCUGAAUAUGUUUUUAUCUCCUCCCCAAUGUGUCUUCUGCCUGAAAUUGCAUUUGCCCAGAACUUGCAGGCAAGGGCAUUUCUAGCUGGCUUGGAGAUACUGGGAGAUGAAGGGAGAUUCUCGUUUCUUUGGUAAUCACAAGCUCUCAACUAACUGGCUGCAUGUGAGCAAGUUGGUGGUUUAAAUGUGAAGAUUUAAAGAACCACAAAAUCAGCUGAAAUAAGGCCCUGAGAGGCUGGCCCUCCUACCCACCCCAGAGGUUUAGGAACUGAGUCCUGCUGGGGACCCCUCCUACUUGAUACUCUUUAUCUCCUUCCCUGACUAGCUGCUUCUGUUUUUGCAGUGGGUUCUGUCCCAGAGUGAGCUGAGGCCUCAGGUCCUAGGUAUGGCCUAAGGUUUCCCCUGUUCUAAAGUAAAGGGAGCUGAGCUGGGGCCAUCAUGGGCCAGGGGCAAGGGAGUGUCUCAGUCCUGUGUCUUAGAGAAAAGUCUUGUCUUAGCUCCAAGAAUCACUUCUUUUUUUUUUUGGUAGUGACAGAGUCUCACUUUAUCACCCUCGGUAGAGCGCCAUGGUGUCACACAGCUCACAGCAACCUCCACCUCCUGGGCUUAGGUGAUUCUCUUGCCUCAGCCUCCCACAAGUAGCUGGUACUACAGGCAGCUGCCACAAUGCCCGGCUAUUUUUUUGUUGUUGUUGCAGUUUGACAGGGGCUGGGUUUGAACCCACCACCCUUGGUAUAUGGGGCCACUACCCACUGAGCCACAGGCUCACUUCUGACAAUUGUGUCUUGCUUCCCUUCUGAAUCAGUCCUUCCUACCUAUUGUCUCUCAGAGGGGUGUGUGUGUGCGUAUUUUUCUCCCCCUCCAGACCAUCAGCUCUGUAAAGAUGUAGACAAGGUCUGUUUUGUCUUCUUGGUGUGUUGCCCAGCUCAUAUUUGUUGAAUGAAUACAUGAAGGAAUGUUCCCUAAGAUCCGGUCUCCAGAACUUGCAGUGGAGAAGGCUCUCUUCUGUUUAUGGAAAGUGUUCCCAGCUUGCAGAGUAUCACUUUCAAUUCUGCAAUUGGUGGAGGGUAAUAGGGGCCCAGGGUGCACCAAAAGAUUCCUCCCCCCACCCCAGGAAACAGAUGGUAAAAUGCUGAAGACACUGCUGCUUCCCCCAGUGCCCUCUGCGCCCCAGCCCCAGCCCCAGAUGGGCCCUGGCAGCCAAUUCUCUCUCUAUCCUUCUACCUGGGCAUCAAGCUGGGUGGGAUGAAUGUCCGUACUUAGUGAGCUGUUUUCCCUGCUCUCUACACAAACUUUUUACACUUCCUCAACCCUCUUAAGCCUGUGCCCACAUUCCUUUUUUAAUACUUUAGGCACCAUUUCUCAGGCUGUAGAUGAACUCAUUCUGUGCUAGCCCAAGUGCCACACAUUCCUACAGUUUGCUCAGGCACUGGGCCAGGGGGCGCUGGGGGGCAUACACUGGUGAAGAAGAUGCGAACCCCACCUUCUAGGACUCACAGUUGAUGGAGGAAACAGACUUGCUAGGGUAGAGAAAAUUCCAGGGAAUAGAGAAGACCCACGUGGCAGGAGAGUGAAGCCAGGGCUUAGGAGCAGGUGGCUUUAUGGCAAGACAUCUAAAGGGUAGCAGGCAUUCUCCUUUCUGAGAAGGUGAAAGACAUUCAAAUGGAGGCAAUGAAGAAGCAAAGGCAGAGUCAGAAAGAGCUGGGUAUGAGGGUAAGGACCAGUGGUUGAAGAACCUGGUCGAUGAAUCUGUGAAGGUAGAUGGGCCUGUUCUUGAAGGCUCUUAAAUGUCAGGUUAGGAGAUUGAUUUGAAUCCAGUGUGCAGUAGGCAACCAUUGAAAGUUUAUGAGCUGGGGAGUAAUGGACCCUGAGCUGUGCUGUAGGAAGCUGUGCUGUGUGGAGGAUGCUCUGGGAAAGGAAGAGGUAGAGCUGCGGUAGGCACAAGGAAACCAAUUAAACGGCUGGUAGGUACCUCAGUGGAGGGGAGCCAUAACAGCGCUGCAGGAGGCUGGUGCAGUAUGGUGGAAGGAGUUGGCUCCCUAGAGCGUUGACUGGAGUCUCCUCUAGCCACCCCCUCAGCCUGAGGUUGCUUUGCCUUUCCCACUUCUCUUUUUGUUUUCUGGUUUUUCCCAGUUUAGGCAAAGAAGGAAAUUCACAAACAACAAAAGAAACUCCCCCCUUCCUACCCCUUCUCCAGCCUGGCCUCCUGGUUCUCUGAUGGCCCAUGUUCACCUCUGCUGGAUCUUAGUAUCUGGGACCCCUUUGUGGGGUCUCUGGCUGGGGGAAUCUCUCUCCUUCUUCUUUUUUUUUGGACAGAGUCUCAAGCUGUCACCCUGGGUAGAGUGCUGUGGUGUUAUAGCUCACAGCAACCUCCAACUCAGGCUCAAGUGAUCCUCUUGCCUCAGUUUUGCUAUUUUUAGUAGAGAUUGGGGUGGGGUGGGGGUGUCUCACUUUUGCUCAGGCUGGUCUCGAACUUGUGAGCUCAAGCAAUCCACCCACCUCAGCCUCCCAGAGUGCCAGGAUUAAAGACAUGAGCCACAGUGCCCAGCCUCAACCUCAAACUCUUGGGCUCAAGCAAUCCUCUUGCCUCAGCCUUUUGAGUAGCUGGGACUACAGGUGCCUGCAACAACACCCAGCUAGUUUUUCUAUUAGUUGAGAUGGAGUUCUUGCUCUUGCCCAGGCUGGUCUUAGAACUCCAGAGCUCAAGGAAUUCAUCCACCUUGGCUUCCCAGAGUGUGCUAGGAUUACAGGCAUGAGCCACUGUGUGGAAGGUGUGGGAGGAAUAGCUCUCUUUUUGCUCUGACCUUAUCUUCAGAUGUUGGGGGUGAAGGAACAUUGAUUUAUUCCUAGAAGUUGCCUGGCACCAAGGGACCUGCAAAAGGAGGGGACAUCCUGCCCUCCAUCAGGGGAAAUCACUUUAGGUGGGUCCAUAAGACCCAUACUAAUGAAACAACUGGAGAUCUGUUAAGGUUGGAAUCUUCUCCCAUCUCAGAGAGGAUCAGUGAGUCCUACCUGUCCCAUAUAGCUGGUAGGUACUGAAGGUGGGUCUCCUGGGGUUUUGCUUCAGUCUUCUUCUUCUUCUUUUUUUCUUUUUUUGAGACAGUCUCACUCAGUCCGCCCUAGAGCAAAGUACCGUGGCUUCAUAGCUCACAGCAACCUCAAACUCUUGGGCUCAAGUAAUCCUCUUGCCUCAGCCUCCCCAGUAGCUAGGAUUAUAGGUGCCACCACAAGGCCUGGCUAGUUUUUUAUCUAUUUUAUUUUAUUUUAUUUUAUUUUUUGAGACAGAGUCUCAAGCUGUCGCCCUUGGGUAGAGUGCUGUGACGUCACAGCUCACAGCAACCUCCAACUCUUGGGCUUAAGCAAUUUUCUUGCCUCAACCUCCCAUGUAGCUGGGAUUUCAGGUGCCCGCCACAAUGCCCGGCUAUUUUGUGGUUGUAGUUGUCAUUGUUGUUUGGCAGGCGGGGCUGGAUUCGAACCAGCCAGCUCUGGAGUAUGUGGUUGGCACCUUAGCCGCUUGAGCUACAGGCACUGAACCUUAAUUUUUUAUUUAUUUUUAUUUAUUUUGAGACAGAGUCUCACUAUGUCGCCCACAGUAGAAUGCUGUGGCAUCACAGCUCACAGCAAUCUCAAACUUUUGGGCUUAAGCGAUUCUCUUUCCUCAGCCUCCCAAGUAGCUGGGACUACAGGUGCCCACCACCUGGCUAGUUUUUUCUCUUUUUCUCAGGCUGGUCUCCAACUCCUGAGUUCAAGAAAUCCUCCCGCCUUGGCCUCCCAGAGUGCUGGGAUUACAGGCAUAAGCCACCACGCCGGGCCUAGUUUUGCUUCAGUCUUGUGCCCUAGACAUGGCAGGAAGAGAGGGAGCUGGGAUCUGCUUUUCAUCGUUGUGUUUAGCCUUCCUUGAUUUACAGUCAGGGAGCAGUCCACCCAGGGAACUCUCUGGAGUUUCCAUAGGGACAGGGGAGGCUGAAGAGUCUAGACUUCGUUUUCCUCGCACCUCCAGGGUCCUGGACAGGCAGGCAGCUUGCAAUCACGAGGGUGUUCAUAGCACCCUCGAGGGGCCAGCGUCCCAGGGGAUUCCCAGGCCCCGCUGGUGACACGUGGGGCUUCCCCAGACACCCGAGCCUUAGCCUGCCCGGUCCUCCCCAGGGGGUGGGGCUCCAAGCUCCGGGACCCACUCUCGCUCCAGAGGCCUCUGAGUCCUUCACCUGCACUGCCUGGGACGUGACAUGGGGCAGCUGAUUGCCAAGUUGACGAGCAUCUUUGCUAAUCAGGAGCACAAGGUUAUCAUCGUGGGACUGGACAAUGCAGGGAAGACUACCAUUCUUUACCAGCUGUAAGUGACCCUCGGUGGGGACAGGAGAGGACUGGUCCUCCUGCCAGACUGACAGGCAUUUCGACCAAUCGCUGAAGCGUCUCUUUGGGUCCCCGUAGCUGGCAGGGAUGAUGGGGGAACGCUGGUGUGACUUUCGUGGCUUAGUGGCCUUUUGGGCUGGCUUUUGAAUCCUGCCUGGUAUAGACAACCCCAUUUCUUGUUGCCUCUUGGCCUCAACCUUAUGCUCCUGCCAGGCCCUGUCACAGCCCUGACAGGUGUCUCUGUUUUCCUGUCUCCCUGUGCUGCACUCCCUCAGGUGCAGAUCCCUCUGUUAGCACCCCUGCACCCUCUGCCUGUUAACUUUCUUCCCCUUCUUCAAAGCCAAGGGGCCUGAGCUCCUGCCAGCUCCUGGUCUCAGGGAGCCUGGCACACGUGGGGGGUCCUGGGUAAAAACCCAUUGCAGCUUCCCCCAUACCCGUUCUCUGGAUGGCCCCUCUCCCAUUUUGGAGCCUUCAAUGUACUUUACAUAGGACAGGAUUUUUCCUGAAAAAGUAAUAUCUGUAAAAUUUUUUAAAAACUAGAAAAGAAAACUUCAAACAGAAGAACACAUGGUGAAAAGUAAGUUUUCUUCUUCCCUCUAACUUCCAGUUUUCCUCCUGUUGUAACUUCUUGGUAACCUUUCAGAAGCAUUAUUUACAUAUACAAACGUGUGUUCUCCCCACCACUUUAUAUAAAGUACUUUUCUGAUGUCUGUCUCAUCUCUCUAACUCCUUGCUACUAGAAGUGUGGUCCAUGGACCAGCAGCAUGAAUAUCUUCUGGGGAGACCUUGUUAGAAAUACAAACCCCCAGGCCCCAGCCCAGACCCACAGGGUCAGAAUCUGCAUUCUGACAAGACUUCCAGGCGAUUCAAUUCUAUCUUAAAGUUUGAAGAAACUGUGCUAAGAAGUUUCCCCUCUGGGGUCCAAGCAGGCCUGAUGAAUGAGGUGGUCCAUACAUGUCCCACCAUUGGUAGCAAUGUGGAGGAGAUCGUUCUUCGGAAGACCCACUUCAUCAUGUGGGACAUCGGAGGCCAGGAGGCUCUGCGCUCUGCCUGGAACAUGUACUACUCCAACACUGAGAGGCCAGUGUGGGGGCAGAAAACACAUUCACCAAAGAGAAAGCCACCACUCACAGCCCCUCUCUGCUGCCAGUUCAUCAUCCUUGUGAUUGACAGCACGGACCGGGAUCGAUUGCUAACCACUCGAGAAGAGCUGUAUAAGAUGCUGGCCCACGAGGCUCUACGAGAAGCUUCAGUCCUGAUCUUUGCCAACAAGCAAGACAGGAAGGACUCCAUGAGCACUGGGGAGAUCUCCCAAUUACUUACUCUCAGUGCCAUCAAAGACCACUCCUGGCAUAUACAAGGGUGCUGUGCUCUUACUGGGGAAGGGCUGCCUGCCGGUCUCCAGUGGAUGCAAUCUCGGGUCACAGCUAACUGAUGUCCCAGCCUAAGGCUAAACAGAAACUUUGGGGUUGGUUAAUGUGGGUGGGAAACCCAAGUGACUAUUUAUUACUUUUUUAUGAUUCUCUGGUGGGAGCAAGGACAGGUACGGAUAAUAAGAUUGCCAUCGUCUGCCCAACCCCUCACUGGGGACCAGGACUGUACACCUUGCAUGGUUGCAGGCAGGAUGGCAGAAAAAUCUUUCCUCUACUCCAUGGCUGCUACAAGUGCCUCUCAGAGGCACUAGGGAAACUGUUCGAUGUGGUAGAGCCUCUUCCUCUCCUCUGCCCUAAGCCCUCUACAGGAAAAUGUGUGUUUGUGUGUUUGGGCACAGUAAGAGACCCCUGGAAUUGCUCAUUUCCUCCUCCUCCCCCCAGCUUUCUGGCCCAUUAGCUAUUUUUGUCCCAUACCCUGUGGGCAAAAGAGAUCCCAGGGGCCGGAAAUGGGUGGGCUCAGGAGGAGGGCUCAGCCAAACAAUGGAAGGGGAGAGGGAAGAGGAUAAGAUGUCCCAGAUGGGGAGCUCCUUUGGACUCCGGACACCAGGGGUCUCACUCCUUCCUCACCUUCCUGUUCCCUCAGAUAUGCUUACUCUGACCACAGUUUUUGGAUUUUAACCCUCUCCAUGGUACCCCUUCAUUUCCAGUGUCUUGCCAGUGUGACUCCCAUUCCUCCCAAAUAUCCCAAGGUCUUACAAGGUUUGCUUAUUUUGUUUGUCUUUGUGUAAAAAUUAAAAAAUAUAUAUUGUAUUAGAAUUUUUAUAAAGGUAUAAUAAAAAUCACUGAAAACUG